CAGCACCACAACAGCCUUUAACAACUACCAUCUUUACUCUGCACUUCCACAUGUAGAAGUGAACAGUUUCGUGAUAAACAUCUGUCAGAGUCAUCUCUGGGAGCAAAGAGUGAAGAAUCAUGUCAGGCAGAAAUCCUAAAAAGCUUGCCUCUUCUCGGCGUUACAAAAAUCGCAACAGAGAUACUGAAGAAAAAGAAAAUGAUGGAUUUCCAGACCCUGAACAUGAAGACCAUGGCAGUGAGCAAAGUCACUUGGUUCCUGAAAGCCAAGCAUCUAAUGAGUCUUCAGUACUUCAUUCUGAUCAACCAGUUAUAGCUUGCACCAACCCAAACACUUCAGACAUUGAACAAUCUCUUCACCCACAAUCACAGGAUCCACUGGCACGAGCUGAAGUAACAAGUAAGAAAAGAAAAAUGGGAUCAACUCGCAAGCCCAGAAACAUUAAAUUUGAAGGAAUUCAUGAAGAUGAACCAGAGCACAUGAUACAGAUAAGUGAAGGUGUUAGGGAUGAACAGGGAUGGACCCCUGAAUCAUCCAUAAAAGAGGAUAGGGGAAAAGAUGACCAAAAAUGUAUUUUAGACUGUGCAGGUAAUAAUGAAAGCUCCAUCCUACAAGAGCAGCAUUUGGCCAUCAUGCUAAGUGAAGAAGAACACCAAAAUUCAGAAAAAGUUAUCCAAAACAAACCUAUGGACAACUCUUUUACUGAACUUAACCAAUCUCUAAAGACAGAGUUUGGUCAAGAUUUAUUACAUACUUCACUUGAUUUCAGCAUUGUCACACCAGCCAACUGUAAUGUGCCACUACAGGAAUCAGACGAAUCUUUGCAGAUAUGUCAUCAAAUGGACACUUUCAGUGAGCCUGUAGUCUCCUUACCAAACACCACAGACCAGACAAGCAUGAUAAACAUAAGUUACACACCUCUUAAUGAAAACAGAGAAGAGAGCCUGGAUGUCCAGGCAUCUUUGGAAGAUCUACUACAAAAUGAUGAGCCAUCUAUGACAGAACACACUGUGCUCAAAACAAUGGAAGAUCAAUCCAGUUUAGAUUUUAUUAUUAUAGAAAAACAAGAAGAUAAACAAGAAAGAGAAGAUGUAGACAUACCAAACAAUUGCAGUGCUGAAGACAUAGGACAAAAUGAAGUUCCUGAAUUACAAUCAGCCUCUGUGAUAAAGGAACAUGAGCACGGGACUCAAGAUGACAAAGCAAGCAAAGAAGAUGAAAAUGUAGUUGACCUUGAGCAUAUGGAUGACACUUUAAAGCUUAUUACGGAAAGCAUUGGCAAGUUUAAAAGUACAGAACCCAGAGAGGACAUGGACGAGAACAAGGAGUAUGGGGAAACAGAAACCAGCAGCCAGACAUGCAACCUUCCACAUAACAAUCCAGGGGAAUUUCCAAGUGAGUUGGAACUUCAAUCAAAGAAAGUUUGUUUUGAUGAGAUGCUUGAAAAUGUCAUCAAAGAUAGAUCUGAAUUUUUAGCCCUAGAAACUGAUGUUGUUUUUGAAGACAACAAUGAUGACAUAAAUGAAGAUAAGAAUUCUGGUUCUACAGUAACUUUUACAAAGGAGGGCUUUAUAAGAGUGGAUGAUGAAAAGGAUGGUGUGUCCACAUUUAUGAUCGAGAAUGAACUGAAAUCAGUCAUCACAAAUACACAAGAUUAUGCUUCUGCAGAUAAGGCAUCCAUGGUACUUGAGGAAUUUGAUAUUAAGAGUCCUGAUAAAGAGAGCACCAGUCCAGUUCAUAUUCCCCCUGCAAGCAACCCAAUGGAGCUCAAUCCUAAAACACAAUUUAAAUUAGACAUGCAGGUCUAUAAUCCCAUAGCUGUACCUAAUCAGACUCAAAACGUGUCUGAAGAAUGUAUAGUAAAUCUGACAAACAGAGAAUCUGAAGCAGAGCAAUUUAAAAGCACAUUUCCAAUUGUACAUGAAACAAGAUUGGGUCAGGAUGAUGCAGUAGCAGAAAAUGUGAGCUUUUGUCACUCUGAGAAAAACAACAUAGAUUUAAGUCACAGAAAUCUUGGUUUACUUAUCCCAGAAGGUGACCAGAAAGAAACCAUGCAGGUACAGAGCAUAGAAGAAAUAACAUGUGUCUCAGAGAAUGUAACAUUCGGCUUCAAUCCUGAAACAUCAUAUCAUCCUCGGUCCACAGUGUCCCUGAAUAUCAAGGAACCUGACCAAAUAAAUAAAAAUGUAAUGGAAAAAGAUGAAAAUGUUACUAAUGCUGUGGUUGAAAAUGAAAACACAAAUUCUUCACAAGAACAUUAUGAAGCACCUAAGCACAUCUCAACAGGACUUGUCAGCACAAAUCAAGAAUGUGGUGUACUUGACAGACAGGAUGAGGAAACAGUAAUGGUGAAAAAUAUUUGCGGAGGGGUUUAUACCACACAUAUCAUGUUGUCAGAUGAUAAUGAACAUCUGGUUGACAGAGAGGACUUUAAAAUGCUAAGCAGAACAGAAAGGGCUGAAAGUAUUGUACAAAAUCAAGAAGCAAUAUGUGACGGAGACAAAGAUGGUCAAUGCAUGUCAAUAGAAGAGCCUCAUCAACAUACUCAUAUAGAUUUGAAAUUUGAAGAGUCCAAAUCAUCAGAAUCUACUGAGCAUGUUAACUCCAAAACGUCUGCUCUGGAUACAGGUGAAGCAGCUCAACUGCCAGAAGCUAACAACAUACAAACUACCACUACCACUACUAUUCUCGAGGAAGAUCAUGUGUUGAUUAGCACAAAGAGAGGCAGAAAAAAAAUGGGAUCAACACGCAAGGGAGCAAAGAGAGAAUUAAAAGAUGAAGAAAAAGUAAGCAAUGCAAGAGGAUUGAGUGAUAUAAUAGAGAAACAGCAAAAACCAAUAGUGAAUGAGGAAAAGGAUGCAGAGUCCAUGCUUUUAAAUGAACAAGAAAUUACAUCAGUCAUCACACCAAUACACGAUAAUACUUUCAAAGAUAAUGCAUGCCUAGUAGUAAAAAAGCAUUGUGAAAAGAGUCCUGAUAAACAUGCCAGUUCUACAUGUGGUGCAGUGGAGCUAAUUUCAGAGACACAGGCGGUGACAGAUAUGGAGAUACACACAGAAAAUGUUCAUGAAGUUGAAUUUGAUCAGAACCAAAACAAAUGUAAAGAACAUCUACAAAAUGUAAAUGAGGGGGGAAAAGAAACAGAGCAAUGUGAAAACACAAACCAGUUUGUUCAGAUACAGGAAUCAAAAUCACUGCAGGUUGAUGUGAUAAAAGAACAUUUGGAAUUUAGCAAUUUUUCAAACAAAUUUGAAGCAAUCGAAAAAAAAGAAAACACACAGGAAGAAAUCACCAUGGUUAUUGAGGAAGAAAGAAAUGAUCCAAAGGAUGAAAUAAAUGCUGGUCAUACAGAAAACUUUACCAAAGAGGACACAAUAGCAGUAUGUUCACAACAAUAUACACUGUGUGAAUUAUCCUCUCAAACUACUGAUCUGAGUUUAUCCACAAUUAAACAUCCAUCACCUGCACCAGAGCAUCAUGAGGUCAUGGAAGAAAAUGGCAAUAGUGUAGACAAUGUGGACACCAGAAAUGCAGAAAUCCAUACACAAACUCAAAUUAAGAAAAAGAAGAAAUUUGGGUCAACAAGGAGACCCCAUGGAGGACACGAACAACAUGCAGAAGAAGAGAAAAGAGAACUAAAAGAUGCAGAAGAUACCGAAGAAAUUGAACAUCAAAUCAUAACUCAGGAUAGAACUUCACAUAUGAUCACUGAAUCACAGAAUCCUGUGAGUGAAGUGUUACUAGACAUCAGUGACUCACAAGUGACAACUGAACAAAAGGAAAUAAUUCCAUCAGAAUUCGAAAUCAUGACAGAAAGGAUCAAUGCACCACCUGCAUUAUUAGAUGAAGUUGAUCAGAUUCACACUGAGCUCUCUGAUGAGGUAAGCAAUGCAGGAGAACUGACUGAUGUUACAGAGCAAGAUGAAAAACCGGUAGUGAACGAGGAGAAGGACACAGAGUCCAUAGUUUUAAAUGAUCAAGAAAUGGCACCAGUCAUCUCACCAAUAAAGAAUGAUGCAUUCAUGGAAAAUGUGUUCCUUGCAGUCAAUAAGCAUAAUGAAGAGAGUCCUGAUUAUGAACAUGCCAGUUCUACAUGUAAACCAGUGGAGCUCAUUCCUGAAAUGCAGGCCAUGUCUGACAUGCAGCUGACCACAGAAGAUAUUAAUGCAGUUGUGUCCGAUGAGAACCAAAACAAUUGUGAAGAACAGUUUGAAAAUCCAACUAGCAGGGAAUCAGAACCAGAUCAAAAUGUAAUCACAAACCCAUUGGUAAACAUACAGGAAUCAAAAUCACCUGAAGUUGGUGCGAUAGAAGAACAUUUGGAAUUUAGCAGCUCUGAGAAAAAGAGGAAGAUUGGUUCCACUCGAAAAAGCCUUAGAGUCCAAAAUCCUGUUAGUGACCAGAAAAACAAGUAUAAAACAAUUGAAGAAAAAGAAAACAUAGGGGAACAAAACACAGACCAAAAUAGUUCCAUUGAUGGGGUUAUCAAAGAAGAGAUUAAGGACUCAAAUGAAGAAAUAAUUGCUGGUCAAACGGAAAACUUUACCACUGAGGACAUUACAACAGUAUGUUCACAACAAUAUACACUGUGUGAAUUAUCCUCUCAAACCACUGAUCUGAGUUUAUUCACAAUUGAACAUCCAUCACCUGCACCAGAGCAUCAUGGGGUCAUAAAAGAUAAUGGCAAUAGUGUAGACAAUGUGGACACCAGAAAUGAAGAAAUCCAUACACAAACCCAAAUUAAGAAAAAGAAAAAAUUUGGGUCAACAAGGAGACCCCACGGAGAACACAAAACACAUGCUGAAGAAGAGAAAGGAGAAUGGAAAAAUGCAGAAGUUACAGAAGAAAUUAAACCUCAAAUCAUAACUCAGGAUGCAACUUCACAUAUGAUCACUGAAUCACAGAAUGUGAGCGAGAUGUCACUAGACAUCAAUGAUUUACUAGUGACAACUGAACAAAAAGAAAUAAUUCAAUCAGAAAUCGAAAUCAUGACAGAAAGGAUCAAUGCACCACCUGCAUUAUUAAAUGAAGUUGAUCAGAUUCACACUGAGCUCUCUGCUGAGGUAAACAAUGCAGGAGAACUGACUGAUGUUACAGAGCAAGAUGAAAAACCGGUAGUGAACGAGGAGAAGGACACAGAGUCCAUAGUUUUAAAUGAUCAAGAAAUGGCACCAGUCAUCUCACCAAUAAAGAAUGAUGCAUUCAUGGAAAAUGUGUUCCUUGCAGUCAAUAAGCAUAAUGAAGAGAGUCCUGAUCAUGAACAUGCCAGUUCUACAGGUGAACCAGUGGAGCUCAUUCCUGAAAUGCAGGCCAUGUCUGACAUGCAGCUGACCACAGAAGAUAUUGAUGCAGUUGUGUCCGAUGAGAACCAAAACAAUUGUGAAGAACAGUUUGAGAAUCCAGCUAGCAGGGAAUCAGAACCAGAUCAAAAUGUGAUCACAAACCCAUUGGUAAAGAUACAGGAAUCAAAAUCACCUGAAGUUAAUGUGAUAGAAGAACAUUUGGAAUUUAGCAGCUCUGAGAAAAAGAGGAAGAUUGGUUCCACUCGAAAAAGCCUUAGAGUCCAAAAUCCUGUUAGUGACCAGAAAAACAAGUAUAAAACAAUUGAAGAAAAAGAAAACAUAAUGGAACAAAAUACAGACCAAAAUAGUUCCAAUGAUGGGGUUAUCAAAGAAGAGAUUAAGGACUCAAAUGAAGAAAUAAUUGCUGGUCAAACGGAAAACUUUACCACUGAGGACAUUACAACAGUAUGUUCACAACAAUAUACACUGUGUGAAUUAUCCUCUCAAACCACUGAUAUGAGUUUAUUCACAAUUGAACAUCCAUCACCUGCACCAGAGCAUCAUGGGGUCAUGGAAGAUAAUGGCAAUAGUGUAGACAAUGUGGACACCAGAAAUGCAGAAAUCCAUACACAAACUCAAAUUAAGAAAAAAAAGAAAUUUGGGUCAACAAGGAGACCCCAUGGAGAACACAAAACACAUGCUGAAGAAGAGAAAGGAGAAUGGAAAGAUGCAGAAGUUACAGAAGAAAUUAAACCUCAAAUCAUAACUCAGGAUGCAACUUCACAUAUGAUCACUGAAUCACAGAAUGUGAGCGAGAUGUCACUAGACAUCAAUGACUCACUAGUGACAACUGAACAAAAAGAAAUAAUUCAAUCAGAAAUCGAAAUCAUGACAGAAAGGAUCAAUGCACCACCUGCAUUAUUAAAUGAAGUUGAUCAGAUUCACACUGAGCUCUCUGCUGAGGUAAAGAAUGCAGGAGAACUAGCUGAUGUUACAGAGCAAGAUGAGAAAACGGUAGUUAAUGAAGAGAAGGACACAGAGUCAUUAGUUUUAAAUGAUCAAGAAAUGGCACCAGUCAUCUCACCAAUAAAGAAUGAUGAAUUCAUGGAAAAUGUGUUCCUUGCAGCCAAUAAGCAUAAUGAAGAGAGUCCUGAUCAUGAACAUGCCAGUUCUACAUGUGAACCAGUGGAGCUCAUUCCUGAAAUGCAGGCCAUGUCUGACAUGCAGCUGACCACAGAAGAUAUUGAUGCAGUUUUGUCUGAUCAAAACCAAAACAAAUGUGAAGAACAGUUUGAGAAUCCAACUAGCAAAGAAUCAGAACCAGAUCAAAAUGUAAUCACAAGCCCAUUGGUAAAGAUACAGGAAUCAAAAUCACCUGAAGUUGAUGUGAUAGAAAAACAUUUGGAAUUUAGCAGCACUGAGAAAAAGAGGAAGAUUGGUUCCACUCGAAAAAGCCUUAGAGUCCAAAAUCUUGGUAGUGACCAGAAAAACAAGUAUAAAACAAUUGAAGAAAAAGAAAACAUAGGGGAACAAAACACAAACCAAAAUAGUUCCAAUGAUGGGGUUAUCAAAGAAGAGAUUAAGGACUCGAAUGAAGAAAUAAUUGCUGGUCAAACGGAAAACUUUACCACUGAGGACAUUACAACAGUAUGUUCACAACAAUAUACACUGUGUGAAUUAUCCUCUCAAACUACUGAUCUGAGUUUAUUCACAACUGAACAUCCAUCACCUGCACCAGAGCAUCAUGAGGUCAUGAAAGAUAAUGGCAAUAGUGUAGACAAUGUGGACACCAGAAAUGCAGAAAUCCAUACACAAACUCAAAUUAAGAAAAAGAAGAAAUUUGGGUCAACAAGGAGACCCCAUGGAGAACACAAAACACAUGCUGAAGAAGAGAAAGGAGAAUGGAAAGAUGCAGAAAUUAAAGAAGAAAUUGAACAUCAAAUUAUAACUCAGGAUGCAACUUCAAAUAUUCUCACUGAAUCACAGAAUGUGAGCGAGUUAUCAAUAGACAUCAAUGACUCACUAGUGACAACUGAACAAAAAGAAAUAAUUCCAUCAGAAAUCGAAAUCAUGACAGAAAAGAUCGAUGCACCACCUGCAUUAUUAAAUGAAGUUGAUCAGAUUCACAUUGAGCGCUCUGAUGAGGUAAACAAUGCAGGAGAACUGACUGAUGUUACAGAGCAAGAUGAAAAAACGGUAGUAAACGAGGAGAAGGACACAGAGUCAUUAGUUUUAAAUGAUCACCAUCAUCUCAUCAUCUCAUCAUCUCAUCAGAUGGCACCAGUCAUCUCACCAAUAAAGAAUGAUGCAUUCAUGGAAAAUGUGUUCCUUGCAGUCAAUAAGCAUAAUGAAGAGAGUCCUGAUCAUGAACAUGCCAGUUCUACAUGUGAACCAGUGGAGCUCAUUCCUGAAAUGCAGGCCAUGUCUGACAUGCAGCUGACCACAGAAGAUAUUGAUGCAGUUGUGUCCGAUCAGAACCAAAACAAAUGUGAAGAACAGCUUGAGAAUCCAGCUAGCAGGGAAUCAGAACCAGAUCAAAAUGUAAUCACAAACCCAUUGGUAAAGAUACAGGAAUCAAAAUCACCUGAAGUUAAUGUGAUAGAAGAACAUUUGGAAUUUAGCAGCUCUGAGAAAAAGAGGAAGAUUGGUUCCACUCGAAAAAGCCUUAGAGUCCAAAAUCCUGUUAGUGACCAGAAAAACAAGUAUAAAACAAUUGAAGAAAAAGAAAACAUAAUGGAACAAAACACAGACCAAAAUAGUUCCAUUGAUGGGGUUAUCAAAGAAGAGACUAAGGACUCAAAUGAAGAAAUAAUUGCUGGUCAAACUGAAAACUUUACCACUGAGGACAUUACAACAGUAUGUUCACAACAAUAUACACUGUGUGAAUUAUCCUCUCAAACCACUGAUUUGAGUUUAUUCACAAUUGAACAUCCAUCACCUGCAUCAGAGCAUCAUGGGGUCAUGGAAGACAAUGGCAAUAGUGUAGACAAUGUGGACACCAGAAAUGCAGAAAUCCAUACACAAACUCAAAGUAAGAAAAAGAAGAAAUUUGGGUCAACAAGGAGACCCCAUGGAGAACACAAAACACAUGCUGAAGAAGAGAAAGGAGAACUGAAAGAUGCAGAAGUUACAGAAGAAAUUAAACAUCAAAUCACAACUCGGGAUGCAACUUCACAUAUGCUCACUGAAUCACAGAAUCCUGUGAGUGAAGUGUCACUAAACAUUAAUGACUCACUUGUGCCAACUGAUCAACAAGAAAAAAUUCAAUCAGAAAAUGAAAUCAUGACAGAAAGGAUUGAUGCACCACCUGCAUUAUUAGAUGAAAGUAAACAGUUUCACAUUGAGCUCUCUGAUGAGGUAAGCGAUGCAGGAGAACUGACUGAUGUUACAGAGCAAGAGGAAAAAACAGUAGUGAAUGUGGAGAAGGACACAGUGUCCAGAAUUUUGAAUAAGCAAGUAAUGGCACCAGUCAUCUCACCAAUGCAGGAUAAUACAAUCAUAGAAAAUUUGUUCCUUGCAGUCAAUAAUCAUAAUGACAAGAGUCCUGAUCAUGAACAUGCCAGUUCUACAUGUGGACCAGUGGAGCUCAUUCCUGAAAUGCAGGCCAUGUCUGAUAUGCAGCUGACCACAGAAAAUAUUGAUGCAGUUGUGUCCGAUGAGAACCAAAACAAAUGUGAAGAACAGCUUGAGAAUCCAACUAGCAGGGAAUCAGAACCAGAUCAAAAUGUAAUCACAAGCCCAUUUGUUCAGAUACAGGAUUCAAAUUCACCUCAAGUUGAUGUGAUAAAAGAAAAUUUGGAAUUUAGCAGCUCUAAGAAAAGAAGGAAGAUUGGUUCCACUCGAAAGAGUCUUAGAGGCCAAAUCCCUGGCAGUGACCAGAUAAACAAAUCUGAAGCAAUAAAUGAACAAGAAAAUAUACAGGAACAAGACACAGAUCAAAAUGAUAGAAGCACUGGGGUUAUCAAAGAAGAGAGUAAUGAUUCAAAGGAAGAAAUACAUGUAAGUCAUACAGAAAACUUUACCAAUGAGGACAUAAUAGCAGUGUGUUCACAACAAUAUACACUGUGUGAAUUAUCCUCUCAAACUACUGAUCUGAGUUUAUCUACAAUUGAACAUCCAUCACCUGCACCACAGCAUCCUGAGGUCAUUAGAGAUGAUGAGAAAAAUGUAGAGAAUGUGGAAAACAGAAACGCAGAAAUCCAUACACAAACUCCAAGUAAGAAAAAGAAGAAAUUUGGGUCAACAAGGAGACCCCAUGGAGGACACGAACAACAUGCUGAAGGAGAAAAAAAUGAAUUGAAAGAUGCAGAAGUUACAGAAGAACUUGAACAUCAAAUCAUAACUCAGGAUGCAACUUCACAUAUUCUCACUGAAUCACAGAAUCCUGUAAGUGAAGUGUCACUAGACAUCAGUGACUCACUAGUGACAACUGAACAACAAGAAAUAAUUAAAUCAGUAAAUGAAAUCAUGAAAGAAAGGAUUGAUGCACCACCUGCAUUAUCAGAUGAAAGUGAACAGAUUCACACUGAGCUCUCUGAUGAGGUAAGCAAUACAGGAGAACAGGCUAAUAUUAUAGAGCAUGAGGAAAAACCUGUAGUGAAUGAAGAAAAGGAGACAGAGUCAAUAGUUCUAAAUGAACAAGGAUUGGAACCAGUCAUCUCACCAAUGCAAGAUAAUACAUUCAUAGAAAAUGUGUUCCUUGCAGUCAAAAAGCAUGGUGACGAGAGUCCUGAUCAUGAGCAUGCCAGUUCUACAUGUGGCCCAGUGGAGCUCAUUUCUGAAAUGGAGGCCAUGUCUGACAUGCAAAUGACCAAAGAAAAUAUUACUGCAGUUAUAUCCGAUGAGAACCAAAACAAAUGUGAAGAACAGCUUGAGAAUCCAGCUAGCAGGGAAUCAGAACCAGAUCAACAUGUAAUCACAAGCCCAUUUGUUCAGAUACAUGAUUCAAAUUCACCUCAAGUUGAUGUGAUAAAAGAAAAUUUGGAAUUUAGCAGCUCUAAGAAAAAAAGGAAGAUUGGUUCCACUCGAAGGAGUCUUAGAGGCCAAAUCCCUGGUAGUGACCAGAAAAUAAAAUCUGAAGCAAUCAAUGAACAAGAAAAUAUACAGGAACAAGACACAGAUCAAAAUGAUAGCAGCACUUGUGUUAUCGAAGAAGAGAGUAAUGAUUCAAAGAAAGAAAUACAUGUAAGUCAUACAGAAAACAUCACUAAAGAGGACAUUACAACAAUAUUUUCACAACAAUAUACACUGUGUGAAUUAUCCUCUCAAACUACUGAUCUAAGUUUAUCUACAAAUGAACAUCCAUCACCUGCACCACAGCAUCCUGAGGUCAUUGAAGAUAAUGAAAUGGCACCAGUCAUCUCACCAAUAAAGAAUGAUGCAUUCAUGGAAAAUGUGUUCCUUGCAGUCAAUAAGCAUAAUGAAGAGAGUCCUGAUCAUGAACAUGCCAGUUCUACAUGUGAACCAGUGGAGCUCAUUCCUGAAAUGCAGGCCAUGUCUGACAUGCAGCUGACAACAGAAGAUAUUGAUGCAGUUUUGUCCGAUCAGAACCAAAACAAAUGUGAAGAACAGCUUGAGAAUCCAACUAGCAGGGAAUCAGAACCAGAUCAAAAUGUAAUCACAAGCCCAUUGUUAAAGAUACAGGAAUCAAAAUCACCUGAAGUUGAUGUGAUAGAAAAACAUUUGGAAUUUAGGAGCUCUGAGAAAAAGAGGAAGAUUGGUUCCACUCGAAAAAGCCUUAGAGUCCAAAAUCCUGGUAGUGACCAGAAAAACAAGUAUAAAACAAUUGAAGAAAAAGAAAACAUAAUGGAACAAAAUACAGACCAAUAUAGUUCCAUUGAUGGGGUUAUCAAAGAAGAGAUUAAGGACUCAAAUGAAGAAAUAAUUGCUGGUCAAACGGAAAACUUUACCACUGAGGACAUUACAACAGUAUGUUCACAACAAUAUACACUGUGUGAAUUAUCCUCUCAAACUACUGAUCUGAGUUUAUUCACAAUUGAACAUCCAUCACCUGCACCAGAGCAUCAUGAGGUCAUGAAAGACAAUGGCAAUAGUGUAGACAAUGUGGACACCAGAAAUGCAGAAAUCCAUACACAAACUCAAAUUAAGAAAAAAAGAAAUUUGGUUCAACAAGGAGACCCCAUGGAGGAUACCAACAACAUGUUGAAAGAGAGAUAGGAGAAUGGA